AUGGUAGACGGAUAUAAUCCACCACCACCUCCACCUCCGACGGGGCCUCCUCCAAGGAGGACGCUCAAAGAUCUAACAUCUCCAUCAUUUGAUCAACAAAAUCUUUGCAUCAACUUAGAUGAUUCUAUUGAACUCAAAUCUCAGUUGAUACAUUGGUUGCCGAAGUUUAAAGGGCUACCUGGAGAUGAUCCUAAUAAACACUUGCAACUAUUUCAACAUAGGUUGACAAGUUUGAAGCCAACCGGAACUGACAAAGGCAGAGCUUUACUUACAGCUUUUCCAUUUUCUUUGACAGAUUCUGCGAAAGAAUGGUUUUACAACCUUCCACAAGGAAGUAUUACAUCAUGGAAUGACAUGCAGAAAGUGUUUUUAGAAAACUUUCCCGCUUCCAAAGCAGCAACUAUUCGUAAAGCAAUAAGUGGAAUUGAGCAAAUUGUUGGUGAAACUCUUUACGAUUACUGGGAACGGUACAAGAAGUUAUUAUCUAGCUGUCCACACCACCAUAUCAGUGAGCAACUCAUAGUGCAGUAUUUUUAUGAUGGGAUGCUUCAAUCGGAGAGAAAUAUCAUAGAUGCGGCUAGUGGUGGUGCAUUUACCAACAAAACCAUUGAUGAAGCCACAGAACUGAUUGAGAACAUGGCUGCAAACACGCAGCAAUUUAAUACAAGAGGCACGUCGAUGGCUAGGAGGGUCAACGAAGUCAGUUCUUCUUCACACUUAGAGGAAAGAAUGGGUAAUAAGAAGAUGAUGCAACAAAUGGCGGCUGUGAUCAUUCCUGCUUAUGAAGAAGAGGCCGAACAGGUGAACGUUGUGUUUCUGAAUCAGAGGCAAAGGUAUGAUCCAUACUUUAAUACUUAUAACCUUGGCUGGAAAGAUCAUUCGAAUUUCAGUUAUGCAAACAAGCAAGCUGCAGUUUCCAACCCCGUUUUCAGAAGACAAGGUGGUUUUCAACAAUCACAAUUCCAACCACAACAUCAACAGCAAAAUCAAAGCUCCAGUUUAGAAGAGAUGAUGAAAGCCAUGAUGCAGAAACAAGAUGCAACAUUACAACAGAACACACAAUAUCAACAAAAGAACGAUGUUACUGUCAAACGUCUACAAUUACAAAUGGGGCAAAUAUCAAUUGAUGUGAAUUUACUGAAGGCACAAGCUUCAACAAAGUCUGUUAUGUCGGAAAUCAGAAUUUUCGGUUUUUAA